CCGCCUCGCAGCGCGACCCGAGCCGCUCCUGGGGACCCGCGGUUGGGAAUGAGAGGAAAGCUAGUCUGGGAGUCAGGUGCAGAAGACUUCAGAGAAAGCCAUGUUGCAGGGCUCUUUAUCUGACAGGAUGGAUGAAGAACAUUAGAGCUGGUGUAGGAGAGAACAACUUUGGUGCUGCAGUGGGGUGGACUUCUGAAUCCUGUUUUCCCUGUUCUGUGUCACUGCUUUAUUGUCAGCAGAUCUUUGCAAUGAGUUACUCGGGCUAUCCCCCAGCAGCCCCAGGAUAUCCCCCAGCAGCCCCGGGAUAUCCCCCAGCAGCCCCAGGUGGCAGUCCUUGGGGUGGUGCUGCCUAUCCACCUUCAAAUCCACCUUCCAAUCCACCUCCAAUUGGUCUAGAAAAUGUGGCUGGCUAUGCCAAUCAGUUCAAUCCAAACUACAUGGCUGGAAUGGCAUCCAGUAUGGCAGGGACUUUUGGAGGGACAAAUGUACCACAAGGCAUGUAUCCUCCAGCACCUGGGGGUUUUCCACCAGUCCCUCCAGGUGGCUUUGGACAACCUCCAACAGGACAGCAACCCUCUUACGGGAUGUAUCCUCCACCUGGAGGAAAUCCACCAUCAGGAAUGCCACCUUACCCAGGAUAUCCAGGCGGCCCUGUGCCGGGUCAGCCCACACCACCUCCUGGUCAGCAGCCUGUGGGCUAUCCGGGACAACAACCAGCAACUUACCCGGGGCAGCAGCCCAUGCCAAGUUACCCACCAGGCCAAGCCGUGAAUCCAUCAAUGCCCUCUUUUCCAGGACCUUCAGGUCCUACAGUUUCUUCUGGAGCAUAUGGAAACCGAGGCACAAUCACUGAUGCACCAGGAUUUGACCCUCUGAGGGACGCUGAAGUCUUGAGGAAGGCCAUGAAGGGAUUUGGAACUGAUGAGCAAGCGAUUAUAGAUUGUCUUGGAAGUCGUUCAAACAAGCAACGGCAGCAGAUCAUCCUGUCCUUCAAAACAGCUUAUGGAAAGGAUUUGAUCAAGGAUCUCAAGUCUGAGUUAUCAGGUAACUUUGAGAGGACAAUCUUAGCAAUGAUGAAGACACCUGUCAUGUUUGAUGCUUAUGAAAUCAAGGAAGCUAUAAAGGGCGUUGGCACAGAUGAAAAUUGUCUCAUUGAAAUCUUAGCUUCUCGCAGUAAUGGGCAUAUUCAAGAACUCAACAGGGUUUACAAAGCAGAAUUUAAGAAAACUCUGGAGGAAGCAAUAAAAAGUGACACAUCCGGACACUUCCAGAGACUUUUAAUUUCACUUUCUCAGGGAAACAGAGAUGAAAGUACAGCUGUUGACAUGUCUCUUGUCCAGAAAGAUGUGCAGGAGCUAUAUGCAGCUGGAGAGAACCGUCUAGGAACUGAUGAAUCCAAAUUCAAUGCCAUUCUGUGUGCAAGAAGCAGGGCCCACCUCAGAGCAGUUUUCAGCGAGUACCAGAGGAUGUGUAACCGGGACAUUGAAAAAAGCAUAUGUAGUGAAAUGUCUGGAGACCUGGAAAAGGGCAUGCUGGCAGUAGUUAAGUGCCUCAAGAACACACCAGCUUUUUUUGCAGAGAGGUUGCGGAAUGCUAUGAAGGGAGCAGGAACAAAAGACAGAACUCUGAUUCGAAUCAUGGUGUCACGCAGUGAGGUUGACCUGCUGGACAUACGUGCAGAAUACAAGCGCAUGUAUGGCAAGUCCCUCUACACAGAUAUCACUGGUGAUACUUCAGGAGACUACCGGAAAAUCCUACUCAAGUUGUGCGGUGGAAAUGACUAAAUGGAACAUUUAGCUUUUCUUUAAAAAAAAAAAAAAAAAGCUGCUUUUUUUAGCUUUAAAGUAUCUUUUUUUCCACCAAGUAGAUGUAAUAUGAGUUGUUUCUCUUAAAGCAAUUACCUUUUUAAAGAUAAUAUUGCAUAUCUCUUCUCUCCAAAUAAAAAAUGUAGGUAAUAAAUGGAAAAAAAAAAAGAAAAAAAAUCAGAAACAACUAAAAAAGAAAAGCUGAUGUACCAUCUGCUCAGGAUUCUUUAUAGUACCCUCUACAAUCCAUGAAUGACAGGUUAUUUUUCUGCUUAUAUUAUUUUGCUGAAAUAAUGUGUUUGUUUUCUGGAGCAAAAAUCACAGUUGUAUGAUUUAAGGUUGUUUUAUUUUGUAUAAACAUUAUGUGCCAUUUUAUUGCCAGUUAUAUAUAUAUUGUAUGCAGGGGUGGUUUCGUACUAACCGUGAUACGUGGAGAGAACAGCCUUCAAGUUUUUUUCUAAGACUGUUCUAAAGAGGCUUUGGUGAGUUCUGUUUUCUUGGAUUGAUUUUCUGUUUUUAAGGAAGAUGUGUUCCACAUUUCAUUCUCACUAGGGCAACUGUCACAAGGAAGCAGCAAAAUUGACAAUAGUAAACAUUCUGUAGUUAAUGAUCGUAAGAUUUUGGAUUGUGCCUUAAAUAUAUGUAUCUAAAAAGAGAUUAUGAAAUUAAAGCUGUCUAUCUUCUAA